AUGCAAGUUUCUUCCCAGACUCAACUGACCUGGCUACACAACAUGCACAACAGCACUGCUGAAACUCCGCACACGAUACGACCAUGUAAUGGGAGUUUGUCCCCACAGCCAGAGACCUCAGAGUUUUCCAUGGGCGUCUUGGUGCUCCUGGCUCUUCUUAUGGUGCUGCUAGCAUUGGUUACAAUCCUUGGAAAUGUUCUGGUGAUCCUUGCUUUCAUCAUGGACAGAAAUCUCAGGCAUCGGAGCAACUAUUUCUUUCUCAAUCUUGCUAUUUCUGACUUUGCAGUGGGUGCGUUCUGCAUACCUCUCUACAUCCCUUAUGCCCUGACAGGGACCUGGCACUUGGGAAGAGGCGUGUGCAAGCUCUGGCUAGUUAUGGACUAUCUCCUGUGCACAGCUUCAGUGUUUAACAUUGUUCUAAUUAGCUAUGACCGUUUCCUGUCAGUUACUAAAGCUGUAUCUUACAGAGUCCAGCGGGGAAUAAUGUCCAACCCUAUUGUCAAGAUGGUGGCCAUCUGGGUCUUUGCCUUCCUCCUCUACUGCCCAGCAAUUCUCUUGUGGGAACACGUGGCUGGCUGCAGCACGGUGCAGGAAGGGCAGUGCCACGCUGAGUUCUUCGACAACUGGUACUUCCUCCUUUGUGCAUCCACCCUGGAGUUCUUUGUGCCGCUGCUCUCAGUCACCUACUUCAAUGUGCACAUCUUCAUCAACAUCCAGAGGCGCCAGAGACGUGGUAGCAUUCAGGACUCUGAGGCUCCAAGGAGCAGCAGCUCGUCCUGGAGAUCUUGCUUCAUGCUGAGACAAGGAGCAUCUUCCUCAUCGGAAGCAGAGGACAGUGUGUCGUCCUCCAUAAGGCCAAAGAAAGAGUCUUUGGUAGCUGAAAGCUUAUCUCCAUCCAGAGCCAAUUCUGUAACCCCAGAAAAUGACCUCUCCAUUUCUUUUUGUGCAAGGACCAGGUCAAAACUACAUCAGGACAAGAAAAUUGCAAAGUCGCUUGCCAUAAUUGUUUGUGCCUUUGCCAUUUGCUGGGCACCAUAUACUUUACUAAUGAUUAUUCGUGGGGCCUGCCAAGGAACCUGUGUUCAUAACUCCCUGUACGAUGUUACCUUUUGGCUUUUGUGGCUCAAUUCCUCUCUGAAUCCAUUUCUCUACCCUCUCUGUCAUGAUAAAUUUCGAAUGGCCUUUAUGAAAAUAUUAUGUCCCAAAAAGUUUGCAACAUUAAGAUCAGGCUCCUUUUAG